CAAACUAGGUUCGACCUUGGGCGUUUUAUGACCCUAUUUGAUACUUUCUAGGUUGCAGUCGUAGAAUGAAUUAACUUCUAAAGACAACCGAAUUACCUGUCAACAGCAGUUUUUUGUGUUUCCAGUUCACUGAAUUGCCAAUGCGAUUUUUCAAUUUAUUCACUAAAUUGCCUUUUGGAUUAAUAAAAAGACAGUUAUCAAAUAAAAUCCAUAUUUGUAUCAUUGGUAGUGGACCGUCCGCAUUUUACACUGCUCAGACGUUACUGAAAAAUCAUGCUGGUGUUCACAUUGAUAUGUUUGAGAAACUUCCAGCUCCUUUUGGCUUAGUUCGUUAUGGAGUGGCUCCAGAUCAUCCUGAAGUGAAGAAUGUUAUAAAUACUUUUACAGAAGUUGCUAAGAAUCCACGAUUUUCUUUUUUGGGAAAUGUCCAUAUCGGAAGAGAUGUGAAGUUAAAAGACUUACAGAUGGCUUAUGCAGCCAUUAUCUGGGCUUAUGGCGCUGCUGUCGACCGGCGUCUGAAUAUUCCCGGAGAGGAUAUUCCUGGUGUAUUAUCCGCUAAGGACCUAGUGGGAUGGUAUAAUGGUGCACCUAACAACGUCAAUUUUUCUCCGGAUCUUAACUGCGAAACGGUAGCCAUUGUGGGAAUGGGUAAUGUUGCCAUCGAUGUUGCACGUAUCCUUCUCUCUCCGGUUGACCGGUUAAAAUCUACAGAAAUACCGGAACCUGUUAUCAGUUGUUUAUCAAAGAGUAGAGUACGGAAAGUAGUUUUAAUUGGUCGACGAGGCCCGUUGCAAGUAGCUUUUACACUUAAAGAAAUUCGUGAACUUUCAAAACUUUAUGCGUCCACGUGUCAGCCAAAAUAUGUCAUAAACUUUUUUCCAGAAGAUGUAUUUGCUAAGACUAUGGGAACAGAAGAUGAAAUUCAGAAAUUGCUAUCAGGACUUCCUCGCCCUCGGCGUCGUUUGACGGAAUUCUUGUUGAAAUUACAUAAUUCUAAAGAUCAUGGUGUUAAUGACCCUCAGAAUACAACGCAUUAUUGCGAUCUACAGUUUCUGCGUUCUCCCAUAGAAAUUAUUUCUAACGGAAAUGAGUAUUCUGAUAAAAAUCGUUCUUUGGUUUCCCAUAUUAAAUUGGCACAAGUCAAAUUAGAGGGUGCUGUUAGUCCUCAACAGAAAGCUGUAGUGGAUAACAGUUUGCCUGUUGAAUUAUUGCCAUGUGGUCUAGUUGUCCGUAGUAUUGGUUAUCGUGGCGUCCGUAUUGAUCCAGAUUUACCAUUCGACGAACAGCACGGAGUUAUUCAGUGCAAGGAUAACAAUGGUCGUGUAGUCGGUCUACCCCAGGCUUCAUACGAUUUUACUGUAAGCCCAAUGUAUUGUGUUGGAUGGAUUAAACGGGGUCCUGUUGGUGUGAUUGUAGACACAGCUGUAGAUGCUCGUCAAACAGCUGAAACAAUCAUCAGGGAUUUGUCUGAAUUGGAAAGACAUAAACACUCAGACAUACUGAACAAGGAUGGAUUUAGCAUGAUUCAACAUCGUCUCCAUGAAAAAAAUGUACGCCCUGUAACAUUUGAAGACUGGGAACGUGUCGAUGAAGUGGAAAAAUCUGCUGGUCAAGUCCUUGGUAAACCCAGAGAGAAGUUAACUACAAUUCAAUCGAUGUUGAAAGCCGCUUUUGCUGAAGUCUCACACAGUAAAUCCAGACGCUAAUUUGUCAGCUAACACAUUCACAUGUCUUGUCCUACGGAAAGUGUCAUGAGGAUGAAAAAGACAGAAGUUCCCUUAUUUUAUAUACUUCCAAUCAUUUGCACACACGCACUUUCUUCUUGUUUUGUCAAACUCAGGUAUAUAAAUAGCUUUUCUAUAUACAUUCUCCUACAUCUUAGUCAAGAAAAAACUGCGCUAUUCAUCUGUUUUCUCUUUACUUCGAACAGAUUUUUGAUACCUUGAAUUUAGUUGAUAUAAAUUUUAAAUGACUGAUCACUGUAAGCCACUUCUCAGUAGAUUUAAACGAAA